UGGGGUUCCAUACCAUUCCAAUCCUGCUCACUGAACCAAACGGACCCUUACACAAUUCAAUUAUUAGAAUGAAUAUACAAUAAACAAUUCAAAUAAAAUUUCACUUCACUAAAUUUUUCCUACAUAUUAGACACAAUGUAUAAAACAAACUUAAAAGAUUACUACUGUAAAUAACCGUAAAUCCGUAAUAUAUAAGUAUUUUGAAAAAGGAAACCAUAAAACUUUUGUAUACUUCGAGUAGUUGAGAAGAUAGAAGAGAAGUGCAUUAAAUAACGUCGCUUAUUUCAAUCAGUUAACGCUUUUUUUUAUGACAUUUUACGACACCUUCUUCAACCUUCUCUCUCUUCAUUAAAAACUCUCUUUUCCUCACCACCUACUCUCUUUCUACAUUAUUCAUUCAUUAUUCAUCACUUGUCUUAUAUACCCAUCAAAAAAGAUACUUCUACUAAACAAAUUAAUUGAAUUGGUAGUAGGUUUUAUAGAAUGCCAACUCAAAUCCAAGUCAAACACGCUGCUUAUCCGGCGGAAAAUUCUUUACCCAUUUGUUAAAUUAAUUGAAAAACCUAAACAAACAGUUGGGUUUUGUUCUAAAUCCAAUUUGGAAAUAUGGGUAAUCGAUUUAUUUGUAUGUCGAAGAAAGAUACUAAAGUUACUGGAUCAAAAAGUAAGAGAAUUGGAAGGUCUCAAAGGAAAUUAUUGGAAGAUGAAGAAGUUGCUUUACAUAGAAGAGCUUUAUCAAUGGCGAUUCAUCAACAUCAAUUGUCUCAGAGAUUUGAAGGAGCUUCCAUGUCUCGUAGAAUUGGUUCUACUUCUCGCCGCCGCACACUUUCUGACCCUUUUUCUAAUUCUAAACAGGCUCCUGAUUUCUUGGAAAGUCUAAAAGGACACCGAAUUGUUCUAGUCCAUGGUGAAGGCUUCGGUGCAUGGUGUUGGUACAAAAGCAUUGCUUUAUUAGAAGAAUCUGGAUUACUUCCUGUUGCUUUAGAUCUUAGUGGUUCUGGUAUAGAUACUAAGGAUACAAAUUCAAUUGCUACUCUGGUUGAUUAUUCCAAGCCACUCAUCACAUAUAUAGAGAACCUUCCAGAAGAUGAAAAGGUUAUAUUGGUUGGCCAUGGAUGUGGCGGUGCAUCUCUUUCGUAUGCUAUGGAGCACUUUCCAUCGAAGAUUUCCAAGGCAAUUUUUGUCUCUGGCACGAUGGUGUGCAGUGGACAGAGGCCAUUCGAUGUUUUCAAUGAACAGCUUGGUUCUUCAGAAGAUUUUAUAAAGGAAUCACAAUUCUUAAUUCAUGGAAACGGCACUGAUAAUCCUCCGACAGCGUUCAUGUUGGAGAAGCAGCACAUGAAGGCUUUAUAUUUUAACCAGAGCCCUCUUAAGGAUAUAGCAUUGGCAAUGGUGUCGAUGAGACCAGUCCCUGUGGGGCCAAUAAUGGAGAAGCUCGUGUUAUCACCCGAAAAGUAUGGUUCUGUUCGGCGUUACUACAUUCAAACACUAGAUGAUCGGGCACUUUCACCAGACAUCCAAGAAAAGCUAGUUAGAGAAAACCCACCGGAAGGAGUGUACAAGAUUAAAGGUAGUGAUCACUGCCCUUUCUUCUCGAAACCCCAAUCGCUUCAUAAACUUUUACUCGAGAUAGCCCAAAAAGAAUAGGCGAAGAUAAUCGUAAAACAUUCAAUGGGGUUGUAGGGUAUUCCUGAUUGUUAUUGAAGGUUGAAAUUGUACAGGAGAAAGAUAAAGGUUUUUACUUAUAAAUUCUGUACUGCCUCAUUUCUUUUUGCUAUUUAUACAGGCAAAAUAUUGGAAUUCUUUUUUUUUUUAAUACAUCAACUAUGCUGCAAUUUACGUAGGAAAUUCGGGUGUUGUGUUUAUGGUUAAACCAAAUAAUCAUUUAUGUUGCUUUUAGAUUUUGUUGGAAA